UGCAGUUGACCCAAAGUUGAAUCAGAUAGGAACUCAAUGGAAGCUACAGUUGCCCCAAAUGCAAUCGUUCUUGAAGUUCUCAACAAAAAUAACUACCAAGAAUGGAGUGUUUGGGUCAGAACCUACUUGGUGGCUCAUGAUCUUUGGGACAUUGUCGAAAACGGCAUUGACCCAAAAUCAAGUCAAAACGAAUCUAAAUAUCUGAGGAAGAAGAAUGCCCAAGCUCUGCACGCUAUUCAGAUUUCUUGCGGACUGGCAGCUUUUUCUUUGAUCAAGAAUGUCACUAGUGCCGGAGUUGCCUGGGCUACCUUGUUGACUGCAAACCAACAGCAAGAAUUGUCAAGAUCGCAAGGUUUUCUAUACGAUACAGGAUUUGAGUUUGAUCCCAACACAUUCCACAAGUGUGUGCCUUUCAUUGAAGCUGUGAAGCAAGGUCAUUGGGAAGCAGCAUACGAGUUGUAUAAGAAGAAUCCCGAUACAAUAAGAGCAAGAAUUCCAAUUUCAGGAAGGACAAUUCUUCACAUCGCAACUGAUGCUGGACGCCCGCAUAUAGUGGAACAAUUGGUGCACUUGAUGCCACAAGAGUACUUGGAAAUAAGAGGAAAUGAUGGUAUGACAGCUCUAGCUGCGGCUGCAAGUAAAGGAUUGACUCGAAUGGCUAAAUGCAUGGUUUCAAAGAACAAGAGAAUUCUUAGCAUUGGGGAUGCUUCAAAUAGAAUUCCACUUGUACUAGCUUAUCGCAUGGGUCAUCUGAAUAUGGCUCGCUAUCUAUAUUGUGUUACUCCACGGGAAGAUUUAAUGCCAGAGACAGGUCCAAAUGGCGCUACAAUUGUUUCUGAAUGUUUCAAUGAGAAAAAAUAUGAUAUUGCCUGGGCUUUAAUACAGCGUUUCCCGCGCCUGGCCAUAUCCAAAGACCAUUAUGAUAUAACCCCUUUUUAUGCAUUGUCGGGUGUGCCAUCAGCAUUUCCGAGUGGAAUGAAGCUCAGAUUCUGGCAGCAAUGGAUCUAUAACUGUAUAAAGAUACAUCCUGCUCCUUUGGCUGCCAAUGAUAUUUAUAUAAAUGUUGGUAACAUGGAAAAUGAUGAAGCUAACAGAAGAGAUUUCCGAUCAGUUUCAGGUAUUUGUCAUAUUAUACUUGCUGCUGUUCUCAGGAUAUCGGGAAUAAGCCACCUACGGGACAUGAAACUGAUUCAUAAACGAUCUCAGGAGUUUUUGGUUCACAUGUGCGAGACGAUAAAAAAUUUAGACCUGAGAGAAACGCAAACUGUUGGUGUACAAAAUGCUAUUUUCCAAGCCGUCGAACGAGGGAUUUCUGAGUUCAUUGUUCAAAUAUUGAAGACAAAACCAGAACUUAUGCUGAUCACUAAUGAAAACAACAGGAGCAUAUUUCAUGUGGCAGUUGAGUACCGCCAAGAAAAGAUAUAUAAUCUUAUAUAUGGACUCCGUACGAAAGAUGUAUUUGCAACUCUUGUGGAUGUAUCGAACAACAGUAUGCUACAUAUGGCAGCAAUGCCCUCUUUUGGGCAGCUAAAUGGUAUUACGGGUGCAGCUCUGAAAAUGCAGAGAGAACUCCAAUGGUUCAAGGAGGUGGAGAGGAUUUUACCUUCCCAAUUACGGGAAAAAAUGAAUCACUCUGAUUGUAAGAAACCGCGCGAGCUGUUUACCAUCCACCACAAGCAGUUAGUGGAGGAGGGAGAAAAGUGGAUGAAGGAUACAGCACGGUCUUGUUCUGUCGUUGGGGCUCUCAUUGUAACCAUUAUGUUUGCUGCAGCGUUCACAGUUCCGGGAGGCAAUAAUCAAGUAACAGGAAUUCCCAUAUUCGUUGAUGACAAGAUAUUUAGUCUUUUUAUAAUCUCAGAUGCUAUGUCACUCUUUUCCUCCACAACUGCAUCAUUGAUGUUCUUGGAAAUCCUGACAUCACGCUAUGCAGAAGAAGAUUUCCUCAAGUCUUUGCCGCAAAAGAUGUUAAUUGGCCUUCUUAGCCUAUUUCUCUCUAUCAGUACCAUGAUGCUAGCAUUUUGUGCUGCACUUCUCAUUAUGCUUCAAGGAAAUCAGUGGACUGUCUUUCCAGUUAUAUCUCUUGCUACCAUUCCGGUCAUCUUAUUUGCUCUCAUGAAAAUUCGUCUCUUUGUUGAGAUUUUCAGCAAUACGUAUCUAUCAAGAGUGUUCAAUAGGCAUGUCAAACCUUGGUUAGAAAACGUUGAUGAUGUUGUGGAAGUGAAUGAACUUCAUAGGUUUUGCUUCUAA